CAUUCAUUAACCGGGACCCAGACCCGAUAAUAGCAUCCCUACUACAAUAACAUGGGUAACAUGAACGGACAUACGAGCAAUGAGGCACAGUUGAAGGUUCUCAUCAUCGGCGCAGGACCGGCGGGAUGCGCAAUUGCUCACGGUUUGAAGAAGAACGACAUAUCAUUCAGCAUCUUCGACAGGGCCAAGUCUGUGGAAGCAACCCGCCACUGGGCCUUCACCGUCGGUUGGAGUCGACCGUUCCUCUGUGACCUUUUGCCCGAAGAGCUCGCGAACCGCUUGACUGAAUGUCAGGUUGACCCGGCCAUUGACUGCCAGAGCAUCGGAAAAGACGAGAUCGUUAUAUAUGACGGCGUGACCAAGAAAGAUGAAUUCAAGUUUCCGGUUCCGGGCGGCAAGGAGAUCAACAUGCGAAAGAUCCGAACUAUGUGCGCUGAGAACCUCGAUAUCCAGUACAACAAGAAACUGUUAGAUAUCGAGUAUCACGACCACGGCGUAACCGCUCACUUCGACGAUGGUACCUCCGAAACCGGCAGCAUCCUCAUUGGCGUCGACGGCGCCAGUUCCCAGGUCCGGCGGUGUCUUCUUGGUCGCGCCGCCCAAGCCGAAGUCCUCCCCUUCGUGCUCAUGAACUUCAAUACCAAAUACACCGCCGAGCAAGCCCUCUUCAUCAAAGAGCGGCUGCAUCCGCUUGUCGACAUCGCCAUUAACCCGUCUGGUCACUACAUCCGCCUCAACGUGCUUGAUAUGGAUGACCGAGAGAGACCCGAGACGUGGAGUUUCCAGAUCCUCUCGACGUGGGCACCGAAGUGCGUUGAAGAUUACGAUAACGAGACUGACCGGUUGAAGAGACUAAAGGAGCAUUUUCGGAGAGACAACUGGGCGGAGCCGUAUAGGUCGGCGGUGGAGUGGGCGCCGGAUGACACGGAGGUGCUUAGAGAUCAGCUUAAGAUUUGGAAGACAGUACCGUGGGAGAAUCAUGGGGGCAGGGCAACGUUGGCGGGAGAUGCAGCGCAUGCUAUGACGUUUCAUCGUGGCCAGGGUGCCAACAACGCCUUCGGCGACGCGUACGGCUUCGUGCUCGCAAUGAAGAAGGUCAAGUCUGGAGAGAAGACGCUCAAGGAGGCUGUGGAUGAGUACGACAGUAAUGUGCAAGAGCGAGGGGCGAAGGAAGUCCAGAUCUCGAAGUCCCAAACCUUCUUUACACAUGAUUGGGCCGCGUUCAAGGAUAGUCCGGUUAUGACGAUGGGAACGAAGCCGGUGGCGGCGUUUGAGCUUCCGGAAAGUGCGAAGGUUCCUAAGGCGUGAGCUAUGAUGGAUGGCUGUCUAAUAUUCUUUUCUUGAGAUCAGCCCAUUGUAGAUAUUUAAUUACUUCUCUGUCUGCCUUGGUUCUUGAUGAGGCUUUCCCCUUGAUAAUUUCUCCUCCUAAACCAUGUGAAUCAGGACCGAGACUACUAUUCCCCGAUUAAACUACGCCAUCCAAAGCCCAAGCCACAUGAAAUCAAACACCCACACUGAAUCACCUCAAACCUUGACCCCAGUAUUCCACCCCACGGCCGCUCUAACAAUCCUCUCCACGACCUC